CCUCCAGUCAUCACUCCUCUCCAAUCAAACUGCCCUCUCUCACCAGAGAUCCAUCACCAACUUACCCAAAGUUAGAAAAAAGGGGAGAGACUGCGAGAGAAAGAGAAAGAAAUGGAAGAAGGAAACCAGUUAACCAGAUGGGAAGGCUAUGUAGAUUGGAAGAACAGACCUGCUCUCCGUGGCCGCCAUGGUGGCAUGCUCGCCGCCUCCUUCGUUCUAAGUGAGCUUCUUUUUCCUUUUAUCAUCAAUUCAAAGAACCGAUUAAUUUGAAUCUAAAACUUUCCACAAUCUCAAUAUGUUUUUAACUACUAGACUUUCCUUUAAUAAUUCAAGUUACGAGUU